AUGCACUACAAGAAAACAGGACAUUUGCGGCGGACAUCUUGCGGCGGUUAUAAGCCAACCGCCGUUAAAUAUAAUUUUGCGGCGGUUAUUGUGGCGGUUUAUGAAGCCGACGCUGUUUCUCAAUAUUUGGUGUUGGUGGUGGCCCUCUCGCACUCAACAUCAUUGUUUGGACGCCAGAUGAGAGGGCGCAUGGUGUGGUGUUUUGGUUGGUAUAAGAUAGGGAAGCAAGGGAAAUUUGGAGUGCUUUGUGUUAAGUUUCUCAUUGUGUUUGUGACCUGUGUUCGUGACACUCUCUAUUGUGGUUCAGCCAAGACCUAUGUAGUAAAUUACAACUUUGUUAUAUUUCUUACUAUAGAAACUAAAGCAAUGGAUAAGUCAUGGAUUUCGAUGCCCCGAAAUUCACUUGCAUAUGAGCAAGGGGUUAAGAGUUUUUUAGAUUUUGCUUUUGAACGUAGUUCUGUUGAUGGCAAAAUAUUAUGCCCAUGUGUUCUAUGUGAAUGUAGAAAGUGGCAAAUUAAGGAUGUGGUAUAUGAUCACUUAAUUGUUAAGCAAUUCCCGAAAAAUUACACCUUCUGGUUUUACCAUGGGGAGUCCGGUCAUGAGGAAAAUGAAAACGUUGGUAGGGAAAAUGUUUCAAGUUCAGCACAAAACAUUGUGACCAAUGAAAAUACUAUCCAGAACAUGUUGAAUGAAGCUUUUGGAGUUGACAGACACCGUGUGAAUGAACCAAAUGAAGAAUUCGCACAAGGUGAAGGAGAAAUGUCAAAUGUAGAGCAGCAAGGACAUCAAGCUAGAGAGUUUUACGACUUAGCAAAAGAUGGGGAACAACCAUUGUAUGAAGGGUGCACACGAUUUUCUAAACUCUCUUUCAUAGUGAAGUUGUAUCAUAUCAAAUGCCUAUGUAAGAUGACUGAUAAGGCUAUGACAAUGAUACUAGAACUACUACAUGAUGCAUUUGAACAUGCUAAGAUUCCGAGUUCAUUCUAUGAGGCAAAGAAAUCUAUAACCAAGCUUGGAUUGGGCUAUGAAAAGAUACAUGCAUGUCCAAGAAAUUGUAUGUUGUACUGGGGUGCAGAUGAAAACCUGGAACAAUGCAAAGUUUGUCAGAGAUCUAGAUGGAGGGAACCUGAGACAAAUGGUGAGAAUCAGGUGUCUGUUGAUGAAAAUUGUCACAAGAAAGUUCCUAGGAAAGUACUUCGUUACUUUCCUCUUAAACCUCGAUUGCAAAGAUUGUUUAUGUCUUCAAAGACUGCUGAGGAUAUGAGAUGGCAUGCUGUGUCUGCUAAUAAUGAUGGGAUGAUGAGGCAUCCUAGAGAUUCCGCCGCUUGGAAGGAGUUUGACACAAAAAACACAUCAUUUAGUGGAGAUCCACGAAAUGUUCGUCUUGGAUUGGCUGCCGAUGGUUUUAAUCCUCAUAGUGUAUUGAGUGCGAGUAAUAGCAUCUGGCCAGUUAUUCUCAUACCCUACAACACUCCUCCAUGGGUGUGUAUGAAGUCGACGUCUUUUAUCCUUUCAAUGAUAAUUCCUGGUAAAAAACCACCAGGGAAUGACAUAGAUGUUUACUUGCAGCCUUUAAUCAAGGAGUUGAAGGAGUUAUGGAAUGAUGGUGUAGAUGCUUAUGAUGCUUCAAAGCGUGAGAUGUUCAAAUUGUAUGCUGCUUUAAUGUGGACCAUUAGUGACUUCCCUAGGCUUUCAAAUCUUUCUGGAUGGAACACCUACACAGGAUUGGCUUGUCCUACAUGUAAUUUUGACGCUGUCCCUUGCCGCCUUCAGCACAGUAAAAAAUGGUGUUUUAUGGGUCACCGUCGAUUCCUUGAUACGAGACAUAAAUUUAGACUGAACAAGAUUCGGUUUAAUGGAGAGCAAGAAUCACGUGAUGCACCAAAAUCAUUGUCUGGCUCUGAAAUUUUUGCACAGGUUAAGAACAUUAAUGUGGUAUUUGGUAGAAAAGAUAAAAGAGUUGGCAACCGAAAGAGAUCUCGUGGUGACCGAGAUUCCUCACAAAGCGGCACUCAACAAUGGAAGAAAAAAAGCAUAUUUUUUGAACUUCCAUAUUGGGAGCACAAUAAGUUGCGUCACAAUCUUGAUGUCAUGCACAUCGAAAAGAAUGUGUGCGAAAAUAUCCUAUUUACCUUGCUAAAUGAUGGAAAGUCAAAAGAUCACUUGAAAGCUCGAAAAGACCUUCAAGCGAUGGGCUUUAGGCAUGACCUUUGGCCAGAUGAGAAUGGAAAAUAUCCUUUAGCUAUUUAUACAAUGACUAAUCAAGGAAAGAAGUCAUUUUUAACAACUUUAAGCAAUAUCAUUGUACCAGAUGGUUAUUCAAGCAACAUUUCUAGGUGCAUUGAUAUGGAGAAUUUUCGAUUGAGUGGAAUGCUAAAAAGCCAUGAUUUUCAUAUAUUGAUGGAGCAAUUGCUACCGUUGGCCAUGCGGACAACAGUGCCCAAUGAAGUCUCAAAAGUUUUGAAUGGAUUAAGCUCAUUCUUUAGGAAACUAUGCUCAAAAGUGUUGAGUGUGCUUGAUUUAGAUCGAUUGCAGCAUGAUAUUGUGCUCACUCUUUGUAACAUGGAGAUAUUAUUCCCCCCUUCGUUCUUCACGGUCAUGGUUCAUUUAAUUGUCCACCUUGUUGAAGAAGCGAAGCUUGGAGGUCCUGUAUAUUAUCGAUGGAUGUACCCUAUAGAAAGGUACUUAGGAUUGUUAAAAUCCUACGUGCGCAACAAGGCACAACCUACAGGCUCUAUAGCAGAAGGCUACCUAAUGCAAGAGAUCCUAACAUUUUGUUCAAGGUACCUCGAUGACAUUGAGACCGUAUGGAAUAGACCACGUCGUGUUGAUGAUGAGCCUAUUGAUACGCAACCUAAAACACGAGAAGCAGAAUUGUUUCCUAAAGUGGGAAAAUCAGUUGGUCGCCAUUCAUAUUUCACCCUUUCAUCCGUUGAAAAACUACAAGCUCAUCGACAUGUUCUAACCAAUUGCCCAAUAGUUGAUCCAUAUCUUCAGAAAUUUAGAGAUAUUGUGCGGAGGCAACUAAGAAGGACUACAAGAAGUGCGAGUGAGAUAGACAAAAAGGUUCAUAAAGAGUUUGCUGGUUGGUUCUAUAAUCAUAUUUUUAGUAAUGCGAACGACCUUAAUGAAGCAGACAAAUCAGUUCUUCUUUGUCUUGCUGAAGGUCCUGAAAGGGAGGCUAGAAGGUUCAGUGCAUAUAAUGUCAACGGAUAUAAAUUCCGUACAGUGGCUCGAGACAAAGGAUUGAGAACUCAAAAUAGUGGGGUUUUCGGCUCAUUUGGAACAAGAAGUUACUCUAGUCGUAGUGAUACCCAAAUGAGAUUUGGAGGGGUUCCUUACUAUGGGAAGCUGAUAGACAUAAUUGAGCUCAGCUAUAGUGGCUUAUUCACGGUUCCUUUAUUUAAAUGUAAAUGGGCUAAUACCACCAAUCCUAGAGGAAUGAAAAAAGAUGAUUUGGGUUUUACCUCAAUUAACUUCACAAGACCUAUACAUACUGGAGAUCAUGAAGAUGAUGAGCCUUUUAUUAAUGCUUCGGAAGCCCAAAUGGUUUUUUAUGUUGAUGAUGAGAAAGAAAAGGGCUGGAGUAUACCCAUACAUUUGAAUCCAAGGGACUUAUAUGACAUGGGUGAAGUUAUUGAAGAGGUAACUGUAUCUGAUGAGGCAUUUCCAUCACAAAACUUGGAGGAAAUUUUUCCGGAUACUACCGAACAUGUACAAUUGGCAAGAGUUGCUACAGAUGAUGAUCCUCUAGAUUAUAUCAUUGUUGAAAAUAUUGAUGGUGACGAUAUUCAAGAUUAUAUAGUUACAUGA